UGUCGCUUGCUGGACAGUGAAUGGGGGUGGGGGGGGAGGUCACUUGCAGACAGACAGACGGCAGCCUCGGCUGUUGCAGACACGGGGAAGGACACGGAGACACGGACAGCGGGGACAGAGACACGGACAGCGGGGACACACGGAGAGCGGGGACAGAGACACGGCCGAGCGGGGCGUCAGUCGCGUGUUGCCCGUCUCUGCGUCCACGAUGUCUUCGUACGUGGAAUUUCCGAUCAUCAAACAAGAGGAUGAAGAAAGUCCAAGCUUUGGAGCGUGUCCUGACUUCACGAUGAAAUGCGAAGAUGCCGCUCCAGAUGUCAAUUCCGUUAAGGCUGAAGAAGCCACCGAGAAUCCAGAGGGGAUGGCGGAUUGCCACGACGGACAUCCUGCCAAUCCAAAACAGAACUUGACCACCAAGGUGGAGGUGUGGGCGGAUGACAUAAAAAAGUUCAUCCAGGUGGAGUUGUUGGAGGACACUGGUCAAGUUCUGCAUCCAAAUACUCGUCAAGUUGGAGAAACCAGUGAGAGACCAGAGGGCACGGACGAUUCCCAUGGAUACGUUGACAAUUUAGACCCAAACUUCAUCAAGGUGGAGUCAUCAGAGGAGGAUGCUGGUGAAGCGGUUGAAGCAAAAGGGAGGAGGCUUCUGUGCGAGGAGUGCAGGAGGGGCGGUUGCUUCGAAACGACGACGGACGAAGUGGGGCGCAUCUGCCAGACCCCGCGAGAAGGCUGCACGCGGUGCGGCAAGACGCUCCACAGUGUCGCCUUGUCAUCCAUCGGCAGCCGGCAGAGGCCACGCGCCGACGGAAAGGCGACCGUGCCGGCCGUCGAUCGCGAGGCCCGUAACGCGACGAGCGCCGCUGACGGCAGGAAGCACGUGUGCGCGUAUUGCGGAAAGGGGUUUUCGUGUAACUACGAGUUGCAGAAGCACGUCAGGACGCACACGGGGGAAAAACCUUAUGUGUGCAAAGAGUGCGGGAGGGGGUUCGCACGGAGUUUCGACUUAAAGACUCACUUUAUAGUGCACACCGGCGAGAAGCCGCACGCGUGCAAGGAGUGUGGGGAGCGCUUUGCGCAGCGCUCUCACUUGGAGGCGCACUCCGUGUCGCACACGGGCGAGUGGCCGCACGCGUGCACGGAAUGUGGGAAGGGCUUCAUGCGGUCGUACGAUUUAAAGAUCCACUUCAGGAUCCAUACCGGCGAGAAGCCGCACGCGUGCAAGGAGUGCGGCAAGGGCUUCACGAGGCGUUCAAAAUUGGAGGCGCAUUCCGCGUCGCACACAGGCGAGUGGCCGCACGCGUGCGGCGAGUGCGGGAAGGGCUUCGCGCAGCGCUCCGAUCUGGAGAAGCACAAGAGGAAGCACACCGGCGAGAAGCCCCACAUCUGCAAGGAGUGCGGGAAGGGCUUCGCGCAGCGCUCCUGCCUAGACAAGCACGCCAUCACGCACACCGGCGAGAAGCCGCACGUGUGCGGCGAGUGCGGGAAGGGGUUCAAGUGGCGCGAGCAAUUGGCGGCGCACUCCAUUACCCACACGGGCGAGUGGCCGCACGUGUGCAAGGUGUGUGGGAAGGGCUUCGCGCAGCGCUCCAAGUUGGAGGGGCAUUCCGUGUUGCACACGGGCGAGUGGAGGCACGUGUGCGGCGAAUGCGGGAAGGGCUUCGUGCAGCGCUCUGACCUGGAGAAGCACACGAGGACGCACACGGGCGAGAAGCCCUUCGUGUGCGGCGAGUGCGGGAAGGACUUUGCGCACCGCUACCAUCUGGAGAAGCACAAGAACACGCACCGGUGAGAGGCCCGUGGGUGCGCGUGCAGUGUGGGAAGAAGGACUCUGCCGGAGUGUGUACGUAUGUACGUGUUGGUGAACUUUCGCAACGUACGUAGCGAACCGCGCUAAUCAGAGGUGCGGGAAGUGAUGAUUAUAAAGAGGCGCCCCUAGAACUACCCGGUAGAAAUCUUGAAUCCUGAGGUUUUCCCAUUUGACAUUGAAAGCAAUGGUGAAUGGGUUUUCUUUUCUCCGGAAUACAUUUACCGAUUUGUGUAUUGUGCUCGUGAACGACGUGUAUUAAUUAGUAGGGAUGUAUUUAAGACCGCAACAAGAGGAUGAUGCUGGUUGUAAUUACUGGCAAAACCUCACGGUACUCGAAUUGUAAAUGUCGUGGGUUUACUCUCCAACACACAACCGGUGAGUGCUGAACUAAGUAAAUUGGCACGUUUUGUUUACGUGACAAACUUUACUAAUUGUCUGUGUCUGGAUGGUGGUGGUGGUUGUGCUGCUCCCAAUGCAUCCUCGUUGGGAUUUCAUUCGAUUUGUAUGUAUGAUGAACUCCGCACUUGAUUAUUGGCUCACAAGUGACGACAUAUUUAGCUCUCUAUUUACGACCAAACCAGGAGGAAGAUUUCUCCACAACUCUCUGGCUGUUGCCUGACGAGGCUGGUUGUGAUUACCGGCGAAACAUCAUCGUACUUGAAUUGUAAAUAUUGUGGGUUUACCCUCCAACAUACAAAAACCGGUUAGUGCUGAACUAGUAAACGAAUUGGUCACGUUUUAUUUACGUGACAAACCCUUUACAGAUUGGCUCUGUGUAGGGUGGUGGCAGGUUUAACAACACAAUUGAAUUUCCGUGAUCUAACCCAACAAAAAACUAUUAUUAUGGGUAAUGUUGUUUCAACGUCGAUGAUUUCAAAAUAGACAUUCGUCAGACCCCAGCGCCCCUUUGGCGACUCCCACAUUGUUGUGUUGAACCUUUUUGGGCAGUAUCCAAGAUGAUGACAAAAAAUAAGAAUAGGUUUUACCCCGUUCUGGCAAUAAAACAGGUGGUGUUAAGAUGUUCAAACAGUCUGCAUUCAUCCACACGUAAUUGUGGUGGCAAAACUUGCAAACAAACAUGCUCUGAUAACAUAUGCAUUGUCUGUUCGUCUUUUAGUAUUCUCUGGUCUAACACUGGUGAGACAAGGCCGUACAAUCGGUUUCAAAGACAAUGCAUACAUUAUUAUCACAUGUUUAUUAGCAUGUUUUGACAGACCUAUGUGUGGUUAAUGCAGACUUGAUGCCUUGCAAAAGGUUACUAUUUGAUGUUUGAUCAUCUUAACACCUGAUUUAUUGCCAGAAGCUGUAAAACUUAUUCUUAUUUUUUCAUCAUCCCACAUUGUUCAUUGCCUGAGAUCCUUCACAACCAACCUGCACUCACACAUGUUAGACUCUUUCCCCCCUUCCUCCACCCACCCCUCCCGUGUUCAUAUAAAUGAAAGAAACGGCCAACCGCUGCAAUAGUCCAGCUAUUUACCUGUAAUUGAGGACGCGUAUGAAUGACCCUGUAAAACAUGAGGCGGUUAACUCUGUGUGUGUUUAUCGUUGGAAGUGUAUCGUGCAUUGUGCAUCGUGAAUAGGAAAAUAUUUUUACUUCAUGUGGUGAUAAACUGGUGAUAUCA